AUGUCCGACAUUCAGAAAAACGUUGAGGCUGCCUCGGAAAACUACUCGUCUGGCUUCGACAAGGGGCACUUGGCCUUGCCGCCCGCGAAGAAGUAUCUCGUCCUCACUUGCAUGGACGCCAGAAUCGACCCGGCGCGGGCAUUUGGAAUCGAGUUGGGCGAUGCACAUGUCAUUCGCAAUGCCGGCGCGUCAGCUGUCGACGGACUCCGCAGCAUCGUCAUCUCGCAACAGCUCCUCGGCACGAACGAGAUCGUGCUGGUCAAGCACACGGGCUGCGGCAUGUUGACGUUCAAGAACGAAGAUGCGUACGGCAUCGUCGAGAAGAACCUGGGUGCUGAUGCCUCAUUGGAGGCCAAGAACCGUAUUCCCGACUUUCUGCCUUUCCCCGAGCUGGAAGAGGCCGUCAAGAAGGACAUUGGCUUCAUCAAAGCCUCUAAGCUUGUGCCUGAUAGCGUGACGCUGAGCGGUUGGAUCUACGAGGUCGAGACGGGAAAGACCAGGCGUGUUGUCUAA